UCGGUAGUUUGCGCAAGUGAAUCAAAACAAACGAGUAGAAUCUUCUGCUCGGAUCGGAGCACUGAUUGAUAAGCCGUAAAAUUGCAUUUAAAGUUGAUAAUUGCAGUGGAUUAGUGGUUUAAUUAAGUGCCCGGGAUGGCGAUCAAUCUGGAGAUCAAGCUGCGACGGGCGAACAAAAUCUACUAUGAAGGGGAAACAAUCAGUGGGGUUGUUCAAAUUUCAUCUCCAACAGAAAUCAAACACGAUGGAAUAACUUUAUGCAUGGAAGGUCAAGUGAACUUGACAAUCAGCAAUAAGAAUGUGGGUAUAUUCGAGGCCAUGUACAACUCGGUCAAGCCGAUCACCCUUCUUAACCAAUUCACGGAUCUGGCUUCGUCUGGUAAACUAUCGUCCGGAACCACAGAAAUCCCCUUCGAACUACCCCUGAUAUGCACGAAAGAACCAAAGGUCCUCUACGAAACCUAUCACGGAGUGUUCGUCAAUGUCACGUACCUGCUGAAAGCCGAGAUGAAACGCAGCUUCCUGGCCAAAAGCGUUGCCAAAGCUCAGCAGUUUAUCAUCCAGUACCGCCCGAGUCAACCGCCGGAGAAGAAAACCGAGGUCAACUUCUCGAUCAGUCCGGAAACGCUGCAGAAGACGGCCAAGGAACGCAUCUCCAUUCCGCGCUUCCUCAUAACGGGGGUGCUGGACUCGACGGAAACGUGCGUGACCAAGCCGUUCACCGGCAGUUUGACCAUCCACCACACGGAGGUGCCGAUCAAGUCGAUCGAGAUACAGCUGGUCCGCGUGGAAACUUGCGGCUGUGCAGAGGGAUAUGCCCGGGAUGCGACCGAAAUCCAGAACAUUCAGAUUGCGGACGGGAACGUGUGUCCCAAGGUGCAGAUCCCGAUCUACAUGACGUUCCCGCGGUUGUUCACCUGUCCGACGUUGAUAACGAAGAACUUUAAAAUCGAAUUCGAAGUUAAUCUCGUGGUGGUGUUCGGGGAUGAUUAUUUGGUGACGGAGAAUUUCCAAAUCGUGUUGAACAGAACUGGUUGACGUUACAUAUAAAAGAAGCGCCUUAUGUUACAUCGCGGGACUUUCUUUCGAAGAAACAUAUUCGAAAAUCCUUGAAUAUGUAAUCUUUUGUGAAUGGGUAAGUACCUUUUCAAAGCUUAAGUGGAUCUUUCUGCCCGAUCUAACGAGGUUGCAAAUAUAUCCAUCUCGCUUAUCAUAA